GUAUGAGGAAGUGAAACUCAGUGUGAGCAAGAGGAGAAAUGGCGCAGCAAAGAGAUCAGCCAAAUUCAGAGAAAAUCUCUUGUUCCAUCUGUUUGGAUCUACUGAAGGAUCCGGUCACUACUUCCUGUGGACACAGCUACUGCAUGGACUGUAUUAAAACACACUGGGAUGGAGAGGGUGGGAAGAGAAUCUACAGCUGCCCUCAGUGCAGGAAGACUUUUAAGCGGAGGCCUGAUCUGCAGAAAAACAUCCUGUUAGCAGAGUUAGUGGAGGAGCUGAAGAAGACUGGACUCCAAGCUGCUGCUGCUGCUGCUGAUCACUGCUAUGCUGGACCUGAAGAUGUGGCCUGUGAUGUCUGCACUGGGUGGAAGAUGAAGGCUGUCAAGUCCUGUCUGGUCUGUUUGGCUUCUUAUUGUGAAAAUCACCUCCAACCUCACUAUGAUUCACCUCCAUUAAAGAAACACCAGCUGGUGGAGCCCUCCAAGAACCUCCAGGAGAACAUCUGCUCUCGUCAUGAUAAGAUGAUGGAGAUUUUCUGUGGCAAUGAUCAGCAGUUGAUCUGUUUUCUCUGUGCAAUGGAUGAACAUAAAGGCCACAAAAUAGUCCCAGCAGCAGUGGAAAGGAUGAAGAAGCAGAAGGAGCUGGAGGUGAGUCGACUAAACAUCCAGCAGAGAAUCCAGGACAGACAGAAAGAUGUGAAGCUGCUUCAACAGGAGCUGGAGGACAUCAGGGUCUCUGCUGAUAAAACAGUGGAGGGCAGUAAGGAGAUGUUCACCGAGAUGAUGCAUCUCAUUAAGAAAAGAGGCCAAGAUGUAGAGCAGCAGAUCAGAUCCCAGCAGAAGACUGAAGAGAGUCGAGUCAAAGAAGUUAAGGAGAAGCUGGAGAAGGAGAUCAGAGAUCUGAAGAGGAAAGACACUGAGCUGAAGCAGCUCUCAGAUACACCAGAUCACAGGCAGUUUCUCCACAACUACCCCUCAGUGUCAGCACUCAGUGAGUCCACACACUCAUCCAGCAUCAACAUCCAUCCUCAGAGACACUUAGAGGACGUGACAGCAGCUGUGAAAGAGCUCAGAGGUAAACUACAGGAUGUUCUGAAGGAAACCUGGACAAACAUCUCACUGACAAUCACUCAGCCAGAUGUUUUACUGUCAGAACCACAACCAGAACCAAAGACUAGAGAUGAAUUCUUAAAAUAUUCAACAGAAAUCACUCUGGAUCCAAACACAGCACACAGAUAUGUGUUACUGUCUGCGGGGAACAGAAAAGCAACUUUAAGGGAACAAAAACAACGUUAUCCUGAUCAUCCAGACCGAUUCACUGGAAGCUGGCAGGUCUUGAGUAGAGAGAGUCUGACUGGACGCUGUUACUGGGAGGUGGAGUGGAGUGGAUUAGGAGUUGUUGUAGCGGUCGCAUACAAGAAUAUCUGCAGAAAAGGAAACUCGGAUAAAUGUGAAUUUGGAAGAAAUGACAGAUCUUGGUCUUUGCGUUGUGGCCCCAACAGGUAUAAAUUUUCAUACAACAACACUAAAACUCCCGUCUCUGGUCCUCGGUCGUCCAGAAUCGGAGUUUAUCUGGAUCACAGAGCAGGUAUUCUGUCUUUCUACAGCAUCUCUGAAACCAUGACUCUCCUCCACAGAGUCCAGACCACAUUCACUGAGCCGCUACAUGCUGGAGUUUAUCUUUUCAGUGAUGGAGGUUGGUUGUUCAGCUCUGGAGCCACUGCUGAGUUCCUAAAACUCAGAUAGAGUAAUUCCAGCGUCUGAGGGUCGGUUCAUGUUCUGAUUUAAGUUUAUGAUCUACAGUUCAUUUCUGCAGUUGCAGCAUUACAGUUUUUCUCAGUCGCUUUGGUACAUUUCUCGAAUCAUCCUCCACAUUUGCAAAACAGUAAGUGCAUUUCUCAAAACAGUUCGUACAAAUAGCAAAACACCAUGGAUUACCUGCUAAAGCCGGUCUCUGGCUCAGAAUCCUUAGUUCAUCUGUAAAAAGUAAAUAUCUGUAUCAAUGAACAUGUCAGCGGCAUCAGAAUGACCAGUCCUGGUGUCAUUGUGUGGAUCAGACAGUCAGAUUGCUGAGUCAUGUUGUCAUUAUAACAGUGUUCUCUGGAGGGAUGUUCUGAUGGAAACUAUGGAUAAAGUUUUGAUGACAGUUACUGUAAAUUGUAAGUUACACCUUAGUUUAUGUGGGAGAUUGAUUGUAAGAGACUGGACAAGGUUCACAUUUAAGCUUUUACUGUUUGUGCUGUAAUCUGUUGACAGACCACAUCAUUGUGAUACAGAAAGGAAAACAGCUGCAUAGCACAAAGUAAAAACAAAAGUAGAAAUGUGAACAUAGGACAAUCUCCUCAGGGAAAACUGUACAUGCAGUGCUGUAGGAAUUCCAGUGCAGUCUUCCUACACCUCCUGAUGUUCCUGUCUGUUGGGACACAAAUUCUCAUCCUCAUCAUGAAUAUCUUCUCUUGUGUCUUUGAGUGAUUUCAGAAAAUCCUAACCUUUCACACAUUUCCCUUUGUUGGAGAAAGUCAAGAUUCACCUGGGAGCAAUUUAACAGUUCAGGACAGAUUUAGAAAAAAGUCUAAUGGAAAUGUAUAGAAACAUCCUUCACAUAUUAUGACAACUUGUUCAACCAUUUUGCAUGUAAAGACUUAAACGAUGAGCUAAUGCCUAAAUGUUGUGGAGGGUAAGAUUAUUCAACAGAGACCCAUUAGAAUACAUUUAGAUCAACAUGACAAAAGUAACUGAUAAUGUAGAAAACAGCAGAGAAUUGUAUAGAAUCAUCUGCAUGGAUGAACCAAAGCAUUUGCAACUUGUUCAAAGAAAUGAGAAACUGCUUUUUUGAUGUUCACAAGUGACACAAUAAUGUGGAGAUUGAACAAGUAGUUUAGAGAAUUUCAAUUCUGAUCUGAGAGAUGUACCAAGCAACUGAGAAAAACUGUAAUCAGUGAGAUGACGACAGAACUGAUUGAUUCUUAAAUGUUUUAGUCAUUUUAAAAUCUGCUUUCAGCUUCUGAAGCAUUUGAUGAUUUUAUUUGUCAUAUUUGACAAGAAUGUUUUGUGUGUUUUAGAUUGAAACUGUUUAAUUGUUGAGCUGUGGGGGAUUCAAAUAUUUAUUUGUUUUAGUAUUUUCUGACAUUUUAUGGUCAAAAUGAUUCACAGAGAGAAUAAUCAGCAUUAAAUAAUCAUUAACUGAGGUCCUGUAAUCCAUCGUUUCAUGUGUGACAGCUGAGAUUAUUGUUGAUGAACCAGUUUGUCUGAAUGGAUUUGAGUCGAUGUUUAAGGUUUUGUGUGAAUUUAUCACCUAAAAGUUAAGAAAAAACAGAGUGACACAGUUUUUACAGGUGAAAUACUUAAACAUUAAACAUGAAAUCAUUGAAUUCACAUUUUAUUCUUUGCAUUUUAUUGUACAUAUUUCCCUGUUUUCACAUUUUACCUUCUCAGAAACUAUUUUGCAACUUAAGAGUUGGAUGAAAAUGUAACUGCAGAUGACUUUUAAUGUCCUUCUGAAUCUGGUCGUUGCUUUAAUUUGAGGUUAUGUUUCUUCAAUCUCAUGUUAGCGAUGCGUUUAUGGAACCAGCUGAGGUGAAGGAAAAAUCAGCUUCAGUUCUCUUUCACAGGGAUAUAUGUACAGAGUCUGUUGUAUUUUAUUGUGGAUUUUCUGAUCUCAUUGAAAUUAAUGACAUUUUAUUGUAGACAGUAGUCAUUUAAUAUUCUGACCUGGUGUUUUUUUUUUAUUUUGUUGGUAUGUUUUGUUUUGCUUCUGAACUGUCGACAAACUUGUGAUUCAGCUUCAUGUUAAUCUGCAAAUACACAACAAUAAAUGAACAGAGAAUUCAUUCUGGGUUCUAUCAUUGAGGCUCCAAUUAUACACUGAAAUGAUUAUUCUAUAUUUGAUAUUGUUUUCUCCUGUAACUGUAUUAAAGGGGUUAAUGUUCCUUCA